CGGCGUCGGCGGCGGCCGGGGAGGGUCAGUUGGAGGCAGGCGCUCGCUGAGGCAGGAGGAGGGCUCUGGGCCCGCGGCCUGACAGGGACUUAACCCGCGAGAUCGGCCCCGCGCGCGCGCGACCCCACACCCACCCACUCAUCCACCUACCCACUCCCUGCGCCGCCUCCUCCCACCCUGAGCAGAGCCGCCGAGGAUGAUAAACACCCAGGACAGUAGUAUUUUGCCUUUGAGUAACUGUCCCCAGCUCCAGUGCUAGCACAUUGUUCCAGGGCCUCUGUGGUGCUCCGAUGCCCCUCACCCACUGUCGAAGAUCCCCGGUGGGCGAGGGGGCAGCAGGGAUCCUUCUCUCUCAGCUCUAAUAUAUAAGGACGAGAAGCUCACUGUGACCCAGGACCUCCCUGUGAACGAUGGAAAGCCUCACAUCGUCCACUUCCAGUAUGAGGUCACCGAGGUGACGGUCUCUUCCUGGGAUGCAGUCCUGUCCAGCCAGAGCCUGUUUGUAGAAAUCCCAGAUGGAUUAUUAGCUGAUGGGAGCAAAGAAGGGGUAAGGAGCACAUUGUUAGCACUGCUUGAGUUCGCUGAAGAGAAGAUGAAGGUGAACUGCGUCUUCAUCUGCUUAAGAGGCCGGGAAGACAGAGCUCCACUCCUGAAGACCUUCAGCUUCUUGGGCUUUGAGAUUGUACGCCAGGCCCAUCCACUGUGUCCCCUCUCGGCCAGAUUGAUGUUCAUGGUUUACCCCCUGGACCAAGAACUCCGUCCGAUGAGGACUAAUGGUCAGAGGAUGCUUUGCCCAAGAGCCACAGAGGUGGAAGGAGGGGAAGCCGGGCAGCCCUGGGGCAGAGGUGGGAGCUCCUUGCUGUCCAGGGAAGGACGCUGGGGGGCUCAGGGUGAGGGUUGCCUGUUGUGUUCUUGGAGUUGACUUGUUGAAAUUGUUUUCCAUAAAGAACAGUAUAAACAUAUUAUUCACACAUAAUCACCAAUAGUAAAAUGAAGAUGUUUAUGAACUGGCAUUAAGAAGCUUUUAAACUGCGCUGUGUGAUGUGUAGGGAGGGCGCUGCCCACAGGGGAGGGCCCGUCCAGGUCCAGGGCAGGGCCGGAGGGCCGGUGGGGGCAGCACUGGUCAGCUCAGGCUCCCCAGCUGUGGGGCUUUCUGGUUUUUAAUGACUUGUGUAUUUCUUCUCCUUGCUUCCUUUCACCCCAGGGGUGCCUGAAGUACCAGCUUUUUGGCCCUUGUGCAGCAGUGUCCUUGAGUUGUUUUUUGACCACGCCACCUGGGCUUCUCUGUGUGCAUUUGUGUCCGGCCUGGAGAAAGCCGGUCUGGACCCCUCCUUCUGUACAGCUUACUGUCAUCCUGGCAUUUGGUUAAGCUGGCUUAAUCUGUUUUAAUGUU